AGUCAGUGUUCGGCUUACGUCGUAUUCUUUUUAUUAUUAUUUCUUUUUUUCUUUUUUUUUCUCAUCAUCGACGCGAAUAUUAUUCUUAUUUUCUCGACUUCAACAACCCAUCAUGAGAUUAUACACGAAGGUUAGUAUUAUUAAUGUAUAAUUUAUUUAUUUUUUCAAUUUUCGACAUUAUACAGGUAGCAUACGUUUUUAGUUGUAGUUUAAUCCGCUUAGACUAGAGGUCGUAAUACAAGUCAGAUUGGGCUUAACCAACUUUGGUUAGUUAACGAAUUGUUUAUUCGGUUGAUUAUUUUAUAUACAUAAAACAAAAAAAAAGAUUAAAAUUAUUGUCUAUUGAAUUAAUUAACUUUCGUCUACCUAUCCGCACCAGCUGUAUACAGGCUAAACGAUAUCAUUUAUCGGACAUCAACAUUAUACAUUUUAUUUUUAUUGUUAUAAAUAGGUAUUGUACACGUAAUAUUAUGAUAUACAGUGGAUUAGUCAUUUAUAUCAUAUUAUUAUUAUCAUACUUAUAAAUAGAGAGCCGAUUUAUAUUCUCUUAUAAUUCACGAAAAGGUGCUUUAAAACGUCAAAAAAUGUCUGAAAAAAAAACACUUUCAAAUAUUUAAAAAAGCAAAAGCAAUAGAGAAGUUCAAAAGUCUCUCUUUAAGCGGAUUUAACUUAUAAAAUAACAUUUUCUAACACCACAAAAAUGAUUCUCACAUAGUAAUUUCUUUUAAACAAAAUCGUACGUAUUAUUCAAAAGAAUUACUUUUUAUCAACCAUUUUUGUGGUGUUGGAAAAUAUUAUUUUAUAAGUUAAAUCUGCUUUAGAACUCCUCUGUAAUUUUUGCUUUUUUUUUAAAUAUUUGUAAGUACUUUUUUUCAGGGAUUUUUUGACGUUUUAAAGCAUCCUUUUGUAGAUUAUAAGAGAAUAUAAAUCCGCUCUUUACUUAUAAAUGACCUAAUGUUGAAUUCAUUGUAUUAUUAAACUAAAAAAUCCACACACAAAAUAAUAUUUGUUUGAAUUGAAGUUUAUAAUAGUACCCAGAGUUUUCAAAAAACGUAAUAAUAAAAUUGUGUUACAAUAAUAUUAUAAUAUCUGGAAAUUUUCAAUAAUAAUUUGGCAUUAGACAAAAUAUUAUUAUUUGGUUGAUUACACGUUUGCAUAAAAGACAACAAUACAUUUUCAAAUACUUAUCUAUUUCAAAAUAGAACAUCACAAUAAAUAUUAUAAUUAAAAACUAUAAUAAAUAUUUAAUAAAUAUUAUAAUUAAAAACUAUAAUAAAUAUAAUACACACGAGUUGAAAAACUAAAGUUAUUAUUUGCGUUCGUUUGGAUCACUUACUAAACUCUUUUGUUGGUCAUUUUUUAUAUUUGUAAAUCUCUUAAAAAAAUAUUCUAUACCCAAUAAACUUAAUAAAAUGUAUUAUGUUUUUCCAAAUUAUUUCACAAUUGAUAGUAAAUUAUGACAUUUAACCGAUAGACUAUACAAUAUAACAAUUACAUUAUAUAUAAUUAAAAAAUACACUUUUUUUAAUGUAGAGUUAAAUUACCUAAUGUAAUUUUUUUAAUAACAAUUUUAUUAAUUAUUUCAGGUUCAUUAUCCUACCACUGUCAUGUUUGAAAUUGAAUUUCACAAUAAUACAGUAUUAUGUACUUUAUUUUGUACAACCAAAAUCAAAUUGUGCACACCUUCCCGAACACGAGAAAAAACGAUUUUCCCAUGUCCGUGCUGCGGUAACGUUACCUCAGCACUGUCAAUGACCAAUUAUUAAAAAUUAAAAUUUAACUCAUACAGUAUUAAGUACUUUAUUUUUUAUAACUACCAUUUUAAAAAUGAAAUAUAAAAAAUUAUAAAUAUUUACUUUCUAAAAGUUUCAAAUAUAUUUUAUAAAAUAAAUUAAACAUUUUACCCAUUUAAUAAAAUAAAUAUGAAUAUUAAUUAUUUCAGCGAAUAUUUGUACCUUUAGCAAUACAUACUUUAUCGUAGCGCGGAUAUGGGGGAAUUGUUCGUGUUCGGGAGGGUGUACAAAAUCGUACAAAAUAAAGUACAUAGGACUGUUUAUAGGACUGAUAAUUUUAUAUUAUAUUUCAAAUAUGGCAGUGCUGGGAUAACGGACAUAAUUAUUUCGCGGUUUUUUUCUUAAUCAUAAUAUAUAAGUAGGUAACUAAAACGUUUAGGUUUUGAUAAUUUCAGCUAUAUUAAUCAUUUAAUUAAUAUUCAAUAGAAGACAAAUAUUUUAAAAUUAUUAUUGUGUAUGGUUUUCUUUUUAGUUGUUACAAAUAUUUUCUCCUAAUUUGUUUUGCAUUUUUAUAUGAUUAUUUUCAAUCUAAAUUAAUAUGAGAUUUUUCGAAUAGUAUAUUUUUAAAUUUUUAUUGAACUGUAUUUUAAAUAUACACACAAUUAUCUGGAAAAAAAGCAAAAGAAAACAUUUCUAUUGAACAAAAUUUAUAUAUAUAAAAAAAUCUUAAAUCCUUUUUCAAUGAAACCAAAGGUAUAUUAUUAUGUUUGUUUUCAAUUAUUAUUGUAUGGAUUUUGUUUUUAGUUGUUGCAAAUAUUUUAUUUUAAUUUGUUUUAUACAACAUUUUUUUUUUUUAUUUAUUACUCAAUAUAAUGAAAAUUGGUUACUAGAAUAUUAUACUAUUAUUUCCAAUCUAAAUUUUAAAUUAAAAUAGUUAAAUAAUAUACUUGUAUUAUUUAUACCAAAUCGGUUAUACUUAAAUCCAAAACGAAUAAUAAAUAUCGAGUUGUAAUAUUAUUUUUCAUUUCAUUUCGCAUACUAAUAUCGACACUUGACAAGUUAAAAGCUGAAUAAUGAAUAUGAUAAUAUGCUCAUUAGGUUAUGUACAGAUUAGGCACUCGUGGAUGUGUACUCGAAGUGAAAGCGAUGGUCGAUAUCGAAUUUUAAAACGUUAUAUUCUAUAAGGGAGCUGUAUUAGUAUAAGUAAUUGUUAUACGUUUUGCAAUUUUCGAAAUAUUCCAAUAACGAUGAAUAUUCAAAUGAAAAUAUUCAAAUAUUCAAAUGAAUCAAUGACAAAAUGUUUGUUAUUAGAAUACAAAUGUUGAUGUGAAGAAGACACUUUAUAAUAUUAUAAAACUUUUAUAGUUGAUCAGUGCUCACAACCCAGCUGGUUCUAAUAAUUGAACUUGUAUAAAAUUUUAAAAUUCAUUAUAAUAUAGUUAAUAUGGAGAUAAAAAUUUUGUUUUGCUUUUAUUUUAGCUACUCGUAUAUCAAUUUAGUUACAUUUAAGUGUAACAACAUUUAAAUUCCAAAAAAAAAAACCCAGAAUAUCUUAAAACGAAAGCAAAUGUAAUACGCUUGGAAAUUAUCUGAAUAAGAAAAGAUUACUUAUUCAUUUAAUUUUCAUUUGAUUAUACUUGUUUAUUUUGAUUCACAAUUUGAAUUUUUAAGAUUAUUCAUUAUUUAUUACUCUACAAUCUAGACUAAUGAAUUUAGAGUUUAGACGUAUAAUUUAUUAAUCAUUAUACAAAGUGUAACAGGACUUUUUGACAGUUACGUCAUUAUAGUUACAUGUAAAAGUGUUAAAUAGUCCUGUUACAACCUGUGUAUCGUUAUACAUUAUUUGGUUAUUGAUUAUUGAUUAUUCAAUCGUUCGUCAUUUUUUAUUCCAUAGUUUAAUUAUUUAUUAUUAAUUAGUAUAACAUAUUCCAUAUGUUUAAUUUGAAUGCUUCAUUGAUAACUUGAAUGUUUAACUUUAUUGAAAUCGGUGUGUUCCGUGUUUAUAACAUAAUGCGCUACCGAAAAUCAUGUCAUUAAUGUUACCGUUAUCGAUAAGUGGUUUCCAAUUACCAUAAUUUAUUGAUUUAUUAUUUACUCACAUAUGGUGCUUUAGUAUAAAUGUAAAUUAUGAUAAAUAAAGUCUGAUAUAACUCGAUAUAAUCAUAUUAUAAGUAUUGAAAAAAAAAUAUACAAAAAUAAUCAAUAAAAUAUUAUUCAAAAUUAACUUUAAUGUAUUUAGAUUCGGAGCACAGCAACGAAUGUUUUGGUUUAAAAUAAUGUUUAUUUUUAUUAAUUUUGUUUUUAUCAGUGACAACUUUCCUACCAGAAAUCAUGUUCGAUUUUCAAGUAUACUAAAUUUUCUGUAACGAAAUUUUAUCUAGAUGGUACUUAAAUGUUGAUAAAUCAUUGAUAACGAAUAACGAUUCGGAGAGAAGUUCGGUUAUAUUUUUUUUGAAAGACCAUAAAAAUGUAUGAUUAUCGUCAACAUUUUAUUAAAUUUCGUUAAAAUUCUUAUAAAAAAAUUACUACAUUAAACUCAAUUUGUUUUUUCGAUCACAAUGUACAACUUAAAAUGAACCUCCUGUUGAAUUUUUAAGCAUUUCUGUUUGCUUAAACAAUUUUAUCCACAGAACACCUACUAAAUAAAAAUUAAGUAAAAAUCUUAAUAAGUUAAAAUGUCUACUAAUAUCUCAAAAAUGGCUUGAAUGUUUUGAAUGGUUUACCAUGUCUAUAAAAAAUAUUUUUAACUGAAUUACAACAAAAAAACCGAAUUGAAAAUAAUAAAAGCAUUAUUUUUGUAAAUUUUUCAGUUUUCCUAAGUACUUUUUCUGUUUUACUAAAUUAUUAAAAAACCUAUAAAGAAAAUUAAAUAAUGAUUUUCUUGUUCACCAAUCAAAUUAAAAAUCCAACAAAAAAAAAAGACUUUUUUUUGUUACUUAAUCUGGGCAAUUUUUCUAGUAGAAAACACAAGUUAAAAAAAUGUUAAAACAAAACAUUUGAGCUGUAAAUAUUUGUUCGUUUACCCCUGUUUUUUUACAAUUUAUAACAAUUGGAUAAAAAUGGCAUCGAAAAUCCAAGAAAUAAUUUUCCUUAAGUAGGAACUAGAUAAAAGUUGUCUUUCGGAUAAGGUGUUAUACUUGAUACAUUGGGACAAGAUUUCUGGCGAACAUUUUAUACAUACGUAGUAUUAAAAAGAAAAUAAAUAAAUAUCAUUGUAAAACCAAUACAUUCCUCCCUACGCUGCGAAUCUAAAAUGCACAAAAAGGAAAAAAAAAAUUUUGUGAAAUGUGUAUGCCAAGUUAUAUGAAAUUAUUAGUAAAAUAAAUAAAUAUAUAUUUUUUUAUUUUACUGCAGAUAAUCAUUUUAUUCAUCGUGGCCCUUGUCAUGAUUCAACAAGCGUCAUGCGUACCGGGGAAAAACGUCGGUUACGGUAAUAACCGAGGUAGUGGCGGCGGUUAUUACAGUGGUGGUAGUAGUGGGCAUGGCAACCACGGUAGUGGCGGUGGCUAUAGCCAUGGUAGUAGCGGUGGAUAUAGUCACGGUAGUAGCAGCGGAUACAGCCAUCACGGUAGCGGUGGACAUGGCCACGGGAGUGGCGGUGGAUACAACAAAGGGCACAGCGGUAACGGCGGUGGAUACAGCCACGGUGGUAGCGGCGGUGGUGGUGGAUACGGACACGGAAGUGGCGGUGGAUAUAACAAAGGACACAGCGGUGGAGGCGGUGGAUACGGGCACGGUAAUAAGGGCGGAAGUGGAUACGGACAUGGUGGCGGACACGGAAACGGCGGCGGAUACAACAAACACCACGGAUGAUCAUAAAAAUGCCCUAAGCGCGUUAAGUUUUAAGCAUAUAAAUCUAUGUAAGGACGCUAUUGCGAUGUGAAUAUAAUUUUAUUUUUCUUAGUUAAUUAGUUAAUAUUAUAUUUAAAUUAUAUUAUGCAAAAUUCCGAAUAAAAACGAUUGUCUUUAUCGAUUAAAAACUGCAGCGGUAUGGCUAUAAAUGGUAAAAUUUAACAAGAAAAUAAUGUGUUCUGUUUAAGUCAGA